CUCAAUUGAAGAGAUGAGGGACGGAAUCGACCAGCUACCUAUCGAGAGAGCUUUACACAAACUCCUAGACCGCCGACGCGCCAAUUCCACGCUCCGUACGUUGACCAUCAGCACUCAACAAUGCGAUUUUUCAUCCAAUGAUUUCCUUUCUCUCUCCAAAUCCGAGUUAUUAAGGACAGCCUUCCUCGAUGAGCUUUCUAAUUGUCGACUUCUUGGCAGUGGUGGCUCUCGGCUUCUCGAUGGCAAUUCCCAAUAUGCCGAGGAUCUAGAGCACGACAUUGCACUGUUUCACCGAGCUCCGUCUGGCUUGCUUUUCAACUCUGGAUUCGAUGCCAAUGCAGGCUUUUACGCUUGCGUUCCGCAACCUGGGGAUAUUAUUGUCUAUGAUGAGCUUAUCCAUGCCAGCGUACAUGACGGCAUGAGGUUGAGCCGCGCAACGAAACGAGUGCCCUUUUCGCACAAUUCGGUCGACGAUCUUAGGAGGGUACUUGAGGAGUGUUUGAGAAAAUCCCAAAGCCUGAGAGAUGGAAGAUCUCACGUAAUGAUUGCCGUAGAGGCUGUGUACAGUAUGGAUGGUGACUUGGCGCCACUGAAAGCCAUCGUCGAGACUGUGGAAGAUGUCGUCCCGCGGGAUUGCGGCUAUGUCAUUGUUGACGAGGCACACUCUACUGGGGUAAUUGGCCCUGAUGGGAGAGGUUUGGUAUGUGAACUGAACCUGGAGGAUCGAAUCUUCGCCAGGCUACAUACGUUUGGUAAAGCACUAGCGUGCAACGGAGCAAUCAUACUUUGUUCUCCAUUGCUUCGUCACUACUUGGUCAAUUAUGCGCGCCCACUAAUCUACACAACCUUCAUGUCCUAUCCCACUUUGGCCGCGAUCCGUGCCUCAUACAGUCUCCUACAAGACGGGCAUACAAAUGCGCUAGCUGCCUGUCUGCAAUUUCUAGUCAAGACCCUCUUCAAGGAACUACGCUCGGUGAAUUCACCUAGCUUCCUGGCCUUACUCCAAGUGCCGUCCGACUGUCCCAGAUCUCCUAUAUUCUCAAUUCAGACUGCUCAAUCAAAGAGCCUAGCACGGUUCUUGCAAGACAAAGGUAUUGUGGUUCGUGCUGUUGUACCGCCUACGGUCCCGGAGGGCACGUCGAGGGUCAGGGUUUGCCUACAUGCUGGCAACACGAAAGAAGAAAUUGAGGACCUAGUAUCGAAAAUGAAGAUGUGGACAUUGCUUCAGGCGUUGAGUGAGACAAGGCCGGGGAUUGAGGAGCAGCAUGCAGCCGCAAAAGCGCGGCUUUGA